AGACGGGCCAUGCAGAGACCAGUCAGUGUGUCGGAACUGACAUAGGACUCAGGAUGCAGAACAUAUACAUGCAGAGCAAUGAGCAAUUUGAAGUUUUUACCACCGUCUUCUCUCCACAAGUAGGCAGAGCAAGACAUCGAUACAGAAAUGAGGAACCAGAUAAGGUGGUGGUGACACACAGAUACGUCCCCCAGUGGCCUGAUGAAGUGGAGCUGACACAAGGUGAUGUCAUCCAAGUCUUUUCCAGACAGGAGGAGGAGAGGUGGUUUGGGCGGCUGCAGAAUGGACAGCAGGGCUACUUCCCUGCUUCCUGUGUCCUCGAGCUCAAUCACAACCUACACCAUAGGGAUGAAGCCUCCAAGAAUGGCAAAGGCUUACGACGACACAGUUCAGUUCACGUUGGGUCUGCAGGGCUCCUUGGGGACUUUGCAGGUGGAGGCAGGCCACAGACCCCAAGGGGAGGGGAGGAGGGUCCCUUCCUGACCCUCAAGCAUGAGGCCCAGGCUUCGGCCCCCAGCUCACCCAGCCUGCUCCACAGGAUCCUGUCCAAACAUCGCAGGAGGAGCCACUGCCAGGGCUCCAGCAACAGGGCCUUCGAACCUGACUGAACCGCCCCCAACCUGCAGGAGGGCACAGCACUCAUCCCACAGCGGGAUGUCCCAUACAUAAAUGUAAUAUAUUAACAUACAUUACAUUGUACUACAGUUUACUCAGCACAUACUGUAGAAGCUAAUGCUUCUAAUUGGCUGAAAAGCAUUCAUUUCAUCAUACCUGUAUCAUUUUGCUAAACACAGGUUGCUAACCAACAACAAGUUCACUUUACUCUAAACUGAUGAGGUUAUUGCAAAUGAAAUUGCCUAUAUUGAAAGGAAAUCAGGGAGGGAGGGAAUCAGCGUAAUUCAGAAAAAAAAAUGUACAAUAUGAAUUUGAUUUUGUAUUUAAAUAGUAUUUAACGUUAACAUGUGAAUCUUUCAUUACCCAGUUUAUUCAGCCCAUAUAUGUAUGAUAAACUGUAAAAUUAAUCUGUUUUAAAUAAAUAAUUUUAUGUGAUUGCACAAAACACACAAUUUUUUACAUACAUACAUACAUACAUAUAUAUCAUAUUAUUAUCAUUAUAGUCUACAGCACAUUAUACUUUCCCAUUAAAGCUGGAAAAUGAAGUAUGACUGCAAUAAGUGGAAAAGAUUCAGUGCAAGAAAAAUAUAAGAUAUGCAUCCAUUUUAAAAUACUACAUUUUAUUUUCUUGAGCUCUGUAACUAAGAUAAAUAUAAUUUAUAUUUUAUAUAUAUUUUUUCCCUGACUCUUCAAUAUGCAAAUGAGCUGCUGUGUUUUAUUGUGAUCUAUGCACAUCCUAAUCAGUAAAGCAGGUCCUUUUGUGUUUGUUAGAAUCGAAAUAUUAACAUCAUCCAACACACCUAAUUAGUUUUAGUCACAAAUGCAGGCCAUUGUUUAAAAUGGCCUACAACCACAACUGAACACAUGUCCCAAUAUACUCAACAUGAUAUUUUCCUCUGUAGUUUAUUUUGUAUAUAAUAGCAAUUAUCCUUGUGCCACAUAGACUUGCUUGACUUGCUCAUACAAGAAACAUGAAUGUGCUGUUACUGUUGGUACAGAUGACUACAGAGUUGGACCUUGUUCAACUUGGAAGCAUGACAUAUAUGACAGAAUGGAAUAUUAAAGUACUAAUUUAACAGACUAGUAUGCCGUAAUAGGAAAAUGUUAUUAGACUGUUUGUAUUCUUAGAUCACUGUAGUUUUAUAUUUUCCUAAUUCCAGAUGUGUAGCAUAUUCAUAUCAUCAGUUUGUCUUGUUUGCCCUGUAUGUAUUGUGCCCUGAAUUAUAAUAUGUAUCGUUUAUCUGAAAUGUAAUGACAAAAUAUGUAUUUUCUUAAAUAAAAAAUAAAAUAAA